ACAGGCCAGCCAAGUGCGAUUUAAACGAUCGCCAUUCGCCAAGCAGUCGCGCUACAUUAGUAUCUAAUUGUUCGCCGUCAGCAGGCCACACGGAGCAAAGACGUCGUGCUCGUCGUCAGUGUCCAAAUAUCGCGGAUCGGCUCCGUUCUCUUCCAUGCGCACUUCAAUAACAUCCGCGUAGAUUUGUCAAAAAUCUUGUAUUUCGCCUGGCUUUCAUCCGAACUGUCAUCAAUCCAUUUCAGAAGAUAAGUAACGAUAAGUAUCCCCGUCUCGUCCGUCAUCUCGCGAUAAGCGAAACUCCAAUCUGCGAUGUGAGAGCCGCGAGUCUGUCUCGCUGUAGUACCAGAACAGUUUGGAACAUUCUCACUUUGUCGGAAGAUCAAGGGAUACUGUGCGGCAGAUAGUGACUCUUCCGAAGUACGAGCGAGCACGUGUUAUGAAGGUGAUAAUCGGUGGUGAAGGAAACCCGAGAGGAGAGAAUCUUGAGAAGAGCUCAAGGUCUGCAUAGUCUGUCUGAAGCAUUCGUCCACAGUGGGACAUCAGAAUUCUGCGCGAGUUUGCAAGCCGUGAACAUCGCUUGUGUCGGGAGGCAGUGUAAGAGCGACAAAGAGGAAACAUACGGACGCCUGGGUCGAGUGGCGCGCAUCGAUUCGAAUUCGAAUGGCACAUACGGUAGCCUGAGGAGAGAGCGAAGGCGAAGGCGGACGCGCCGGUAACUCGACAAUACUGGCAUCUCGAGAGUCUAUCCAAGCAAACGAUCCGGCGUCUCGAUGGUGGAGCGUGCUAAUGUUAUAUAAUAGCAUGCAGUUCGCAUAUCGCUACACGUGGAAUCGAGAGAUCAUCGUCAACUCCCAGAAACUGGUCAAAAGACGUUGAGUGUUGCACUAUUCGCAAGACACGUGGGAGGACGCGUUCUCUUCAUCGUCGCACGUCGAGCCACCGGGGCCACCACGUCGGCGCCACGGGAGAACGAUCGUGUCGGAAUCGUCGGCCUGCUCCAGCCGUCCACGUUAAACACGCGCUCAUCGACGCGCUCCCUCCCAUCCCCCACAUAUCUCCUCUAACAAGGAAAACGCGCGACGAUUACCAUGGCUGCUUUAUGUUACAGCGAAACCUUUUCGCCCUGGAUGGAACAGACAACCAAUAUACCGACAUUCGACGAAAUAAUUUUUCCACCCGACGACAACAGUCAAAAUAAUGAAACCAACUAUCAUCUGGAUGUUUUUAAACCGCAACAUCAUCAAUCGCCACAACAACAACAAUAUCGCACCCAGAGCCUCCUGGAAGAAUUUGAAACUGUCUUAGGAGGUGUUGGCACUUGCCAUCAGACCAUUCCGCAAACAACUCAAGAACAGACCGAAAGCUUGACCGGUAGUUCAACACUGACUCCUCCAGAAUCGCCACAGCAGGACAUAGGUACGAAGCUACUGGUCACUUUGCACCCUUUGGAUUACGAAGACACCCUGCAAACUGCAGGAACUGUAGUCCCUGAAAUCGUUCAGUCCAGUUCACCAGUGUUUCCCAGCAACGAGACCGAAGUGGUCUACAACACAAUUGUAUCGGUCGAGAACCCGUUCGUAAACAGCACAUCCAGUCAAUGGAACACCGUCGAGAAUAUAUCGUUGGGGGGUUCGUUAGACGGGGACGUGGCGAACGAUUUCGCAGUAGUAGAGGAGUACGUCCGUUCGCACACCAAGGACAUACAAUCGCCGUCGAGCCCGUGUAAUAGCUCCAGCAGUAGCUCGGCGGGGGACACUACCGACGAUCCCGACUGGAACGUCGUGCAGAGCAAGAAGAACAACUCGAAGCCGACUACUUCCAGAAAUCACCAAAAACUUUAUCGACAAUACUUUCGGCCAUCUAUCGAGGACAAGAAGGUGCGGAAAAAGGAACAAAAUAAGAACGCUGCGACGCGUUACCGGCAAAAGAAGAAACAAGAAAUAAAGGACAUCGAAGGUGAAGAACACGAGCUUACGGAAAUCAACGGAAAGCUCAAGGAUAAAGUGACAGAAAUGAAACGCGAAAUUAAAUGCCUGAAAGGAUUGCUGAGGGAAUUAUAUAAGGCUAAAGGUGUACUUCAAUAAUUUUCAUUUGUUCAAUUAUAAUUAGCUUUUUCGUUAAUCAUCAAUAUUAUAAUUUAGUUUUAAUUGGUUAACUAACAGUAGUCGUUUUUAUUAGCUUCGUCCAAUUAGAUUAACACAUGAAUUUGUACAAUAAUCAUAAUCAUAGCAAAUUAAUUUUUAUAAAUAUUUACAUGUUUUAAUACUCUCGGCUAUUUAUGUAAGCUGAAGAGAAUAAAUAUUACCACCACUACA